AUGAUAUUAGCUCGUCUCAAAUUAUGUUUGUUGAUGUUUGUUAUCAUCUUUGCUUUUGGAACAGACGCGAUGACCAGGCAACAAUUGAAGAAUACCGGAAAGAUGUUGAAGAAAAAAUGCAUGGAGAAAAACGACGUCACUGAAGAUUUAAUUGGUGAUAUAGAUAAAGGAAAAUUUAUUGAACAGAGGAACGUAAUGUGCUACAUUGCUUGCAUUUAUCAGAUGACUCAAGUUGUUAAAAAUAACAAAUUGAGCUACGAAGCUUCGAUUAAACAAGUGGACAUGAUGUAUCCGCCUGAGAUUAAGGACUCAGUAAAAGCUUCAAUCGAAAAAUGUAAAGAUGUAUCUAAGAAAUACAAAGAUUUGUGUGAAGCAUCGUAUUGGACAACGAAAUGUGUAUACGAAGAUAAUCCAAAAGAUUUUAUUUUUGCAUAA